AGCGCAUUCACGUCCAGUUUUCACUCACAGCCACCAUGUCUGACGACGAGAAGCACAAUGUCGAGUUCGACUCGGCCAACGCCGGCGCCUCGUUGACUUUCCCCAUGCAGUGCUCGGCUCUGCGCAAGAGCGGUCACGUCGUUAUCAAGGGCAGGCCUUGCAAGAUUGUUGACAUGUCCACGUCCAAGACGGGCAAGCACGGUCACGCCAAGGUGCACCUUGUCGCUGUCGACAUCUUCACGGGCAAGAAGCUUGAAGACAUCUCGCCCUCUACGCACAACAUGGAUGUCCCCAAUGUCUCGCGUAACGAGUACCAGCUGGUCAACGUCGACGACGGCUUCCUCAACCUCAUGACCUCGGACGGCACCAGCAAGGACGACGUCAAGGUCCCCGAGGGCACGCUCGGCGAGGAGAUCCAGUCCGCCUUCGACGACGGCAAGGACCUCAUGGUCACCAUUGUCUCUGCCAUGGGCGAGGAGCAGGCGCUCGCUUGGAAGGAGGCCCCCGCUGGCAAGUAAACUGCCCCUCCCAAAACACCCCGCAAUCCAACUCCAGUCUCCGCAGCGCGCACCGAAGAGCACCCCCUCGCUCGGCGUUGACUGGUAGAGGCAGGCAUACACACCCGCCAACGCACGCGCAAGCACACGCAC